CCUUAUGGUCCGCUCCUACCUGCCCGCCGUGCACAAGUCAGGGCUACUCUCGGGAAUGCUAUGUGCCCCCUCCGGGAGCCCACGCUCCACCACCGCGCCACCUCGCCUGCUCCCCACCUCCUUUUCCAUGACCCUGGGCUGCGGCCGCUGCCCCGCUGCCCUCCGCAAUGUUUCCUAGCCCUGUGACAACGACGCCCUUCUCGGUGAAGGAUAUUCUGAACCUGGAGCAGCAGCAGCAGCAGCAGCAGCAGCAGCAGGGCGGCCUGGGCUCCAUGGAGCUGGCCUCGCUGGCCUCCCCGUCCUGCAUGCUGGCCACCUUCAAGCAGGAGGCGUUCAGCGCCGAGCCCCCGGCCCUGCCCGACCUGCGGGAGGAGCUGCCCGAGCCUCCCCCCGGGAAAACCACGGCCGCUUUCCCCGGCUCCUACUACGUGAAAAGCUACGUGGAGAUGGACUCGGCCAAGGAGGCCAAGGCGGACAAGAAAGAGCUGUGUUCCCUACACAAGAGCCUGGAGCAGGAGAAAAGGGACCUGGAAGAUCCCGAGCGCCCCAGACAGAGGAAAAGGAGGAAACCUCGCGUCCUCUUUUCUCAAGCCCAAGUGUACGAACUGGAGAGAAGGUUCAAGCAGCAGAAAUACCUCUCUGCCCCCGAGAGGGACCACCUAGCCAACGUCCUAAAGCUCACCUCCACCCAGGUGAAAAUCUGGUUCCAGAACCGAAGGUACAAAUGCAAAAGGCAGAGACAGGACCAGACGCUGGAGAUGGUGGGGAUCCCUCCCCCGCGGCGGAUCGCCGUGCCGGUGCUGGUGCGCGACGGGAAGCCCUGCCUGGGGGAAUCUUCCCCCUACAGCUCGCCCUACAAUGUCAGCAUUAACCCCUACAGCUACAACGCCUACCCCGCGUACACCAACUACAACAGCCCCGCCUGCAACGCCAACUACAGCUGCAGCUACCCCUCCGUGCAGCCCAUGCAGCCCUCGGCGCCCGCCAACAACUUCAUGAACUUCGGCGUGGGGGACUUGAAUUCGGUGCAAACGCCCAUCCCGCAGGGCAACGCGGGCAUCUCCACCUUGCACGGGAUCCGAGCCUGGUAGAGCCGCCCCGAGGCAGCCGCUGCCCCCGCGGGGAUGGACGGGCUGCGCCUCGGCGCG